AUGUUUUUUACUCCCAUUUUUCAAUUUUUCCUAAUAAUUCUCCUCAUUCCCCCAAUCUAUUCAAAUACAGAAUGUGUACAAGUUAUAGGACGCUUGCUAUGCAAAAAUGGUCAGAAAUUAGUAAUUGGUUCGGAAGUUGAACUUUUGGAAUUAGACAGUCCUCAGAAUGUAACUUGGACAAAGGUUAACAAUGAAGAUGGACUAUUCAAUCUUGAUGGAUGUGGACAGGACCAUGAUUGGUUACCUUGGGCGAUUAAUAGACCUGAAUUUUAUUUGCGAGUUCGACAUCGAUGUAACAACAGAACAAACUCUACAUAUAAUAUAUUUAAUAAUACAACGAACAAUACUCUCGUAGACGAAAAAUUUAAAAUGGCAGCAGAACAAGAAACAAAAAUUGUCCUUCCAGUCUUUCGAAAACCCCUAAAUCCUUCCUUUAACAUUAACGGAACAAUAGAAAAUUCAACAAUAUUUGACUGGCAUUUACAGCAUCCAAUAGAUAUUGUUGUUGCUGCUCGAACAGUAGGGGGACGUUCAUCUUCUGAUGUUCAAGAGAGGAGAUUGGCAGAAGGAAAAACAACCACAAAUUCUUCUUCAGUCAGAAGCAAAGGAAGAAAUGAAGAAAAGCGAGGAUUACAAGCCCCCCAUUCACCCAAUUUUAUUUUUUUCUAUUUUUAUUUUUUAGAGAAGACAAAUUUUGUUUUUUAGAAUUUUAGUAAGAUAUGUAGAGAUAAUUAAACAAGACGCCAAACCGUCUUGUUUUUUCUUUGUGCCUAUAUUUCUUUCUUUUAUCUUUUCUCUCGCAUAUUUUAUUUCUUUUCUUUUGUGUUAGUUUCGUAAUUUAAAUUUGCUGGUUUAAUUCUGUUUUUUCUAGUUUAUUUCUGACAAAAAAUUCUGAUUUUAUUCUGAUUCUACAAAUUCUGAUUUUUAAAAAUUCUGGUUUCAAGGUUGGUUUUAUCUAGUUAAAUUUAGUAAAAAUACAAAUUCUGAUUUUUAGGUUUUCUGCUUCAAGUUUAUUUGCAAGUUUUACAAUUUUACAAUUCAAGUUUUUUCUCCUUUGUUUCAAGUUUAUUUUUGCUUCUGCUUCAAGUUUUAAG